AUGGAUAUGCCUGAUCAGUCUGCAGAUCGACCAAGAGAGUCUCAGUCCAAUUUGCCUCGUGAGGACCUGAUCAAAAUACUUAUCGUGUGUCCUUCAUGGCGCGACCCCAUCCCACUGAGUGACAUUCCUCGAGAAACUACGGUUGCAGAUCUACGUCUGAAAAUCGAGUCGGGCGUCCCAAUGCAUCCACAUCCCACACUGCAGAGGUUGUAUUUCCGUGGAAAGGGCGUACCCUCUUCGUGUGACUCUCUCACCCUCCGUGAAUUCUUGAUGCCUGAAGGGGAAAGUGAAUAUGCGAUACACCUUGUAAUGCCAGAACCCAUGCCAGAUAAUUGGCUUCCUCCCUCGGUUUCAUCCUCCACCGCAUCCGAUUCAUCGCACACACAGGUGGAAGGACUCCGCCAAAGGGCCGUACCCAGACCACAGCACAUGACUUCACCAGAUUCGGCUAGUCAAUACGCACAUGAACUCCAAGAGCGGCUUGAAAACAGCCUGAGAGCACAAAAUUUCUCAAGUGGCGUGAAUGGUUACCCUUCAACCGGGCCCUUUGGGUCUGUUAUUGCGGCACGUUUUGGAAGAAGGGCACACCUUGGUUCGGACGGGAGCCCAACUCAGCCAUGGAGCACAUAUGUAACUGGCCAGCAGCCGGGGUCGACUGAGUCAACACCACUAUCAGUUUCAACUCCAACUCAGGCUUUCAUCUCUUUCUUGGAUGCUAGGAGGCAGUUGCAGUCAAUGGAAGAACAGCUAACACAGGGUGUUAUACCUUCAAUCGAGCAGUUAUUUCGCCUUCGAACUCUCAUCGUGCAAAUUAGAGAUCACCGGCAUAUCUUCUCUACGCCGGCUUUUAGAAUGGAACACGGGUCAUACCCUGAUGAGGUCUCCGUGGCGGAGAUCGAGGGCCAUAUCAGUGAUGUCUACAGGCGUGUCGAUAUCAUAAUUUCCGCGGGUGGUUUUCUCCGUCAGUCUUACAAUACCUCGUCAAACCAACCUACCCGACCCUCUUCAUACCUCGUCAACUCUCCAAACGGUUACCAAGGCCUGGUUAGACCGCAAGCUGAACCAAUGAUGGUUCAACUUGGCCAACAAACCCAUCGGACGUAUACUAACCCCACGGGUGCUGUGGGGGGACCCAACGUCCGCCAUAUGCCUGACCUCGUCCGUAACCCUGCGGGUGUAGUAAACGAACAAAACGUUGCUCGUGUGAAUGGCCAACCUCCUUUAAAUCAACAACAAGGUCAAAAUGUACCAGCUUUUGAACGCAACUUGCGCAGAGUCUGGCUUUUCAUUCGACUUUACUUCUUUAUCUACAUGAUUAGUGACCCUGGCACCUGGACACGCAUUAUGCUGGUUACCUUGGCUGGGUUUGUGGUCUUGCUCUCGGGCUCUGAACUUCCUCAGAGGAUCUAUGGAAUGAUUAUUUCUCCAAUUCAACGUCACCUGGAGGGACUUGCUCAUAUAGGAGGCCCAGCUGAACGGCGUGCACCGGCCCCGACAGGGCAGAAUUCCAACAACCAGCCUGUGCGUCCUAGGAAUGCCAUGGAUAAUAUCUGGGAGUAUCUCUGGCGGGCUGAGAGGUCUAUUGUACUUCUCUUUGCAAGUCUUGUUCCAGGAAUUGGAGAGCGGCAGGUCCAGGCACGCAAUGCUGCCGAAGCUGAGCGAGUACGGCAGGAGGAAGAACAGCAACGGCUGCGAGAGCAGGAGCAGCAGCAGGAAGAGGAGCGGGACCAAGAGCGGGAGCGGGCAGAGUCUCAGACCCAAGAGCAGACAUGA